GGGAGGAAGUGCCGGUGCCCGCGGCCGCCGCUCCUGCUUGUCUCUGUGGUUACGUUUGUCUGCCGGCCGGGCAGCUUCCUCCAGCUGGGCAGUCGCAAUGGGAGUCCCGGCUUUCUUUCGCUGGCUCAGCCGCAAGUACCCGUCCAUCAUUGUCAACUGCGUGGAAGAGAAGCCAAAAGAAUGCAAUGGUGUAAAGAUCCCUGUUGAUGCCAGUAAACCAAAUCCAAAUGAUGUGGAGUUUGAUAAUCUGUAUUUGGAUAUGAAUGGAAUCAUCCAUCCCUGUACUCAUCCUGAAGACAAACCAGCACCAAAAAAUGAAGACGAAAUGAUGGUUGCAAUUUUUGAGUACAUUGACAGACUUUUCAAUAUUGUAAGACCAAGACGACUUCUAUACAUGGCAAUAGAUGGAGUGGCACCGCGUGCUAAAAUGAACCAGCAGCGUUCCAGAAGGUUUAGAGCAUCAAAAGAAGGAAUGGAAGCAGCAGUGGAGAAGCAGCGAGUCAGGGAAGAAAUAUUGGCAAAAGGUGGCUUUCUUCCUCCAGAAGAAAUAAAAGAAAGAUUUGACAGCAACUGUAUUACACCAGGAACUGAGUUCAUGGACAAUCUUGCUAAAUGCCUUCGCUAUUACAUAGCUGAUCGUUUAAAUAAUGACCCUGGGUGGAAAAACUUGACAGUUAUUUUAUCUGAUGCUAGUGCUCCUGGUGAAGGAGAACAUAAAAUCAUGGAUUAUAUUAGAAGACAAAGAGCCCAACCUAACCAUGACCCAAAUACUCAUCAUUGCUUAUGUGGAGCAGAUGCUGAUCUCAUUAUGCUCGGCCUUGCUACACACGAACCCAACUUUACCAUCAUUAGAGAAGAAUUCAAACCAAAUAAACCCAAACCAUGUGGACUUUGUAAUCAGUUUGGGCAUGAGGUCAAAGACUGUGAAGGUUUGCCAAGAGAAAAGAAGGGAAAGCAUGAUGAACUUGCAGAUAGUCUUCCUUGUGCAGAAGGAGAAUUUAUCUUCCUUCGUCUUAAUGUUCUUCGUGAGUAUUUGGAAAGAGAGCUCACCAUGGCCAGCCUGCCAUUUACAUUUGAUGUUGAGAGGAGUAUUGAUGACUGGGUCUUCAUGUGCUUCUUUGUGGGAAAUGACUUCCUUCCUCACUUGCCAUCAUUAGAAAUUAGGGAAGGUGCAAUUGACCGUUUGGUUAACAUAUACAAAAAUGUGGUACACAAAACUGGGGGUUACCUUACAGAAAGUGGUUAUGUCAAUCUGCAAAGAGUACAGAUGAUCAUGUUAGCAGUUGGUGAAGUUGAGGAUAGCAUUUUUAAAAAGAGAAAGGAUGAUGAGGACAGUUUUAGAAGACGACAGAAAGAAAAAAGAAAGAGAAUGAAGAGAGAUCAACCAGCUUUCUCUCCUGGUGGAAUAUUAACCCCUCAUGCCUUGGGUUCAAGAAAUUCACCAGGUUCUCAAGUAGCCAGUAAUCCAAGACAAGCAGCCUAUGAAAUGAGGAUGCAGAAUAACUCUAGUCCUUCAGUAUCUCCUAAUACGAGUUUCACUUCUGAUGGCUCCCCAUCUCCAAUAGGAGGAAUUAAGCGAAAAGCAGAAGACAGUGACAGUGAACCUGAGCCUGAGGAUAAUGUCAGGCUAUGGGAAGCUGGUUGGAAGCAGCGGUACUACAAGAACAAAUUUGACGUUGAUGCAGCUGAUGAGAAAUUCCGUCGUAAAGUUGUACAGUCUUAUGUUGAGGGGCUCUGCUGGGUUCUUCGAUAUUAUUACCAGGGCUGUGCUUCCUGGAAGUGGUAUUAUCCAUUCCAUUAUGCACCAUUUGCUUCAGACUUUGAAGGUAUUGCAGACAUGCCAUCUGAUUUUGAGAAGGGCACUAAACCAUUUAAACCAUUGGAACAACUUAUGGGAGUUUUUCCAGCUGCAAGUGGUAACUUUCUACCUCCAUCAUGGCGGAAGCUCAUGAGUGAUCCCGAUUCUAGUAUAAUUGACUUCUACCCAGAAGAUUUUGCUAUUGAUUUGAAUGGGAAGAAAUAUGCAUGGCAAGGUGUUGCUCUGUUGCCUUUUGUGGAUGAGCGAAGGCUGCGAGCUGCUCUAGAAGAGGUAUACCCAGACCUCACUCCAGAAGAGACUAAAAGAAACAGUCUUGGAGGUGACAUCUUAUUUGUGGGCAAACAUCACCCACUCCAUGACUUCAUUUUAGAACUCUACCAGACAGGUUCCACAGAGCCAGUGGAUGUACCACCUGAACUAUGUCAUGGGAUGCAAGGAAAGUUUUCUUUGGAUGAAGAAGCUGUUCUUCCAGAUCAGAUAGUAUGUUCUCCUGUCCCCAUGUUACGGGAUCUGACACAGAACACUGCAAUCAGUAUUAAUUUUAAAGACCCACAGUUUGCUGAAGACUACAUUUUUAAAGCUGUAAUGCUUCCAGGAGCAAGAAAACCAGCACCAGUACUGAAACCUAGUGACUGGGAAAAGUCCAGCAAUGGACGGCAGUGGAAGCCCCAGCUUGGCUUUAAUCGGGACCGGCGGCCUGUCCACCUGGAUCAGGCUGCAUUUAGGACUUUGGGCCAUGUUAUACCAAGAGGCUCAGGGGCUGGCGUUUAUGGCAAUGCUGCACCACCACCUGCAACUUAUCAGGGGAACUUAUACAGGCCGCUGUUGAGAGGACAAGCCCAGAUUCCAAAACUUAUGUCAAAUAUGAGGCCACAGGAUUCCUGGCGGGGUCCUCCUCCUCUUUUCCAGCAGCAAAGAUUUGACAGAGGCGUUGGGGCUGAACCUCUGCUACCAUGGAACCGGAUGCUCCAAACCCAAAAUGCAGCCUUCCAGCCAAACCAGUACCAGAUGCUGGCUGGACCUGGCGGGUAUCCACCCAGACGCGAUGAUCGUGGAGGGAGACAGGUGAUACAGUGUGGGCUGUGGCAUGAAAAGCACACUGCACACUUGGUACUUAGCCAUGCUUCUCAGGACACCGUAUUUUCCUAAAAACAUUUCUGGAUGAGAUACUGAUAGUGUCAGUCAGCUGAACUUGGGUCCCUCAAUUUAAAAUGUAUAUAGAGUGAGUCUGUGCCUUACUCUAUCUGUUACACCCUGAAGAUGCUAAAGGUUUUCCAGCCCCAGAGUCCUUUUAAUCAUAGAGGUCAGUAAUAUUUAGCACAAAUAGAGUCAGUUGCCAAAACAUUUUUUUAUCCUUUAAGGAUGUUCUUUAUAGUAGUAGAAACUAGAUUUCAUAGUAGAUAAUUUUGUAGAAGCUGAAAGCAAUAGUCUACCCUUUUAGCUGUUACCUUUAUUCAUCUUAGAAGUCUCCUCUGUCUUGAUUCAUCUGGGAUACCCCUUUUCAUGGAAAGAAAUAUCUCCUUCAUUAUUUCCCACAUAUUUUUAAGCUAAAUUUAAAUAGCUUUACAAUGAGUAUAACAAUUCCUAGACAAAUUUAUUUAGCAUGUGUGAGCUUCAUUUCCUUCUCUGUAAAGUAUCCAGUUUAAGCAGAAUUUAAGACAGAGGUCUGUUUGCCUCAGUCUAUUUGUCCCCCCAGCCAUUUGACACCUGGCUAGUAUUUACGUGCUCUGCAAUCAAAUCCUUGCCAGAGAACAGGGUCUGAAUACUCCGAUUUAGUGUGUGCAGUGUUCAUAGAGUUUAGCACCUGUGGUGAUGUGAAGUGGUUUUAAAAUUGCUUACCUUGUGUUGCCUACAGGCCUUUUGCAGUGCUUCGAAUAUUAAUUUUCUUACACAGGUUCUUGGCAUGCGGUCCCUUUGUGUAAGACCUCUCUUUUGACAGCUUAGAAAGAUGUUUUUUUUUCUUCUACACAUUUUUGU